AUGGCUUCCGAGGUCGAGGCUAAGCAGGCCAGUCCAAGCACGCCGCAGUCAGUCUCGCAGCCAGAGACUCCUGUUGAAGGCAAUGGCAAUAAUGGCGGGUUUGUUUUCAAUGAACAGACCAAUUAUGUUCCUAAGAGGACUAUUAUCACGAUCUUCCUCGCCUGCUCAACAGUCGAUCUUGUCGCAUUGAUGGACCAAACCACCCUCGCGGCCAGUUUGUCCAUUAUCGGCAAUGCAUUGGGAGCCAGCGACAAAACCUCCUGGAUCUCAGGCGGCUACUUCGUCACCUCGACCUGCUUCCAAUUACUGUACGGCCGUCUGUCCGAUAUCUGGUCCCGCAAACUCGUCCUCUUCGUCGGGUUAGCGAUUUUCUUCUUUGGCUCGUUGGCCGCGUCUCUUGCUCAGUCGGCCACGCAACUCAUCAUCUUCCGCGCCUUUACUGGUAUUGGUGGUGGUGGGUUGAUGAGUGUGGCACAGAUGAUUGUGAGCGAUGUCGUGCCGUUGAGAGAACGAGGGAAGUAUCAGGGUAUUCUGGGCGCGGUUGUUGCCAUUGCGAAUGGCAUUGGACCGGUUAUUGGAGGUGCAUUGGCGAGUGUCAACGAGGACUCGUGGAGAUGGAUUUUCAGAUUGAAUCUGCCACUCACUGCUAUUUGCACGCUGGCUGUGUUUUUCUUCAUGCCUCUGCGUCCAGUAGAGGGCGAUUGGAAGGCUAAGCUCAAAGCUGUUGACUUUGUCGGUGCCGGUCUUGCCCUGGGCGGUACAGCUGUGCUACUCCUCGGAUUGAACUGGGGUGGUGGUGAAUAUGUCUGGAACUCAGCGCACGUCAUCGCGACGCUGGUAGUUGGUGUCGCUGUAUCCAUUGGCUUCGUGCUCUGGCAGUGGAAGGGCGCUUCGACGCCGUUGGUUCCUAUGCACAUCUUCAAAUCGAGGAUUGUGAAUGGUGCUUGCUUGACGAUGUUCGUCAAUGGGUGGAACUUUCUCGUGCAAGUGUAUUACAUCCCGACGUUUUAUCAAUUGGUGUUUAACUACUCGACUGUUAAGGCGGGUGCGAUGUUGUUGCCCAUCACUUUGUUCCAGACUGUGAGUAGCACCGCCUCCGGCCUGAUCGUGCAUUGGGUCGGUCGCUACCGUGAGUGUAUUCUCUUCGGAUGGAUGAUCUGGGCCGUUGGCCUGGGACUGUUCUCGACUCUGGAUGAGAACUCCGGAGUCGGAAAGCAAAUCGGAUACGGUAUUUUGACGGGUGUUGGUGUUGGAAAUACAUUGCAGCCGGCCCUUAUUGCCGUACAAGCUGGUGUCGAACGACGCGAAAUGGCUGUUGUCACUGCGUUCCGGAACUUCGUCCGUAACCUCGGAGGAACCCUCGGCCUCGCCAUCGCCGGUACAAUCAUCAACAACCUGAUUUCAUCAUCAAUCUCUUCCCUCGGCCUUUCCUCCGCUGAAACCCGCUCUUUCCUCGCCAGCCCAACAAACUACCUCUCCAAGCUCCCCGCCGACGAAGCCGAGCAUGCCCGCUCGCUAAUAAUCCCAGCCUAUCGCAAGGGCUUCCGGAUAAUUUUCAUCAUCGGCGCGGCGCUCUCAGCGUUCGCAUUCGUGUUAGCUGUCGUGCUCAUGCCACAGGUUGCACUGAACCGGGAUGACGACAAGAAGUUAAAAGAGGAAGGACGGCAACGGAUCGAAGCUGCGAAAGAGAAAGGGAAUCGCGACGAGGAGAAAAAGUGA